AUGUCGAAAUUUGCCCUGGUAGCAGACAUCGAGAAGAUGUACCGGCAAAUCAACAUAGCUUCCAUCGAUCGUCCGCUGCAACGAAUCCUGUGGCGAAAUUCUCCAACCGAGCCGAAACGAACGUUCCAGCUCAACACCGUCACCUACGGCACAUCAUGUGCACCGUAUUUGGCCACCAAAACCCUGCAAGUGCUAUCUCAGGUCGGAGCUAGCACCCAUCCCGAAGCGGCAACCAUCCUCGGACGAGACUUCUACAUGGACGACAUGCUGACUGGCGUAAACAGCAUUCCCGAGGGUCAACGAGUAUGUCAGCAACUCAUCGAUCUCCUGGCGUCUGGUGGAUUCUGCUUGCGAAAAUGGGCCACCAACAACAGGCAGAUCUUCGAACAUCUGCCCCAGCAUCUGCAAGAUGAAAGGACGAUUCUCAACUUGGAUGCGAAGUCACCGAUCAUCAAGACACUCGGACUGAAGUGGAACGUUUCCACCGACGCUUUUGUGUUCAACAUCCCGCGUUGGAACGCAGACAACAUCAUAACCAAACGAAACGCGCUUUCGGAUGUCGCGAAACUGUUCGACCCAAUCGGACUGGUUGGACCAGUUGUCAUCCAAGCCAAGCUGUUCCUUCAAGAGCUGUGGAAAUGUCAGAUCGCCUGGGACGAGCCGUUAACAUCAGCACUACAACACCGAUGGCUCCUUUUUCGCGAGAAGUUGGCCAUGCUGCAAACGAUCCACAUUCCACGCUGGCUCUUAACCGACCAACGAGCAACGAAGCUACAAAUGCAUUGCUUUUGUGAUGCAUCCGAGAAGGCGUACGGAGCGGCGAUUUACUUGCGUUCGAUCAACACCGAUGGAAGUGUGACAACCAACCUCAUCACUGCAAAAUCCAAGGUGGCACCACUAGCAGAUUCCCGUAAGCAAAAGCGUGUUUGCUUACCCCGUCUGGAGCUUUCUGCAGCACUGCUACUGGCACACUCGUACGAGAAGGUGUCAGACGCCUUGAAGCUACAGGUCGAGACCAUCUUUUGGUCUGACUCAACCAUCGUCCUGCAUUGGUUGUCUGCAACUCCGUCACGCUGGAAAACCUUCAUCGCUAACCGGGUGUCCGAGAUCCAACACAUCACUCACGGCAAGGAGUGGAGACACGUACCCGGAACGGACAAUUCUGCGGACAUCAUCUCCCGAGGAAUGGAUGCGGACCAGCUGGAUGGCCAACCACUCAUCAACCUAGACCGGAAGAAUUUACCACGGACGAAUUGGAGGAGCGACCAAUCUGCAUGGCAACCCAAUCCGUGGCUCCGAACGAACUUUUUGGCCUCUGAUCAACGUUCACCGGACUGCAACGUCUGGUUGCGUGGCUAA